AUGCAGCUGAUAGCAGCUAAGCCACGGCCUGGCGAUCACAGUACUUACAUCGCAACCUUUGGCCAGAUUCCUUGUAAGGAGGCGUCGUUAUCGGACGAUGAUUGGCUUGGGUAUUUUCUUGGUACCCUCUCCCUCGAGUUGCGGCAGCUUGUCACAAAACAUGGUACUGUUCACCACGAAGAUUGGAGGGCGGCAGCUGCAGACUUAGCCACCCUAGCCGAACCUUGGAGGAACGAGGAAGCGGGUCACUGGAAGAGCGUGGCCGAAAUCCAUCAGUAUCUCCCCGAAGAUACUUGGCGAUCCGGGCCUCUCGUUGUUCCCAGGGACGUCAAUGCCCGGAUUGAGCCCCCACCCUUUGACGGGGCAGGGGUAGUGUGUAUUGGGUGCAAGGGAAGGGGGCAAGAGGCCCGAGAAUGCCCUUCUGCCUCCCCCAGAGCUGAGAGGGAAGGCUAG